AUGUCCCAAAUACCAAGUCUCCCUCCAGCUACCCACGAAUCUCCAACCCUAAGUAAGUCCCCCUCCUCCCCCUCCUCCCCCUCUCCCAUUUACAACUCUAACCCACAAAGCCAACUCGCUCAAAGAGCCCGUCAACCUCGCCACUCUCCCCGCAGAAGUCCUCCGAAUGGUCUACUCACACCUAAACCCCGCUCACGCCUGCCUCCUCUCCCUGACAUGCCCUCGCCUCCGUAGCAUCUCCAAACUACAACCCGCCAUCGCCCGCAAAGAAACCGCCCGGCUCGAGCGCAGAUUCCACCAGAAUCGCGCGCAAGUCCUCGGCCUGUCCAAUGAAAACUCAAGUAUCUUGCACUGCCCGCGUUACCAGACAACAAGUAUCCUCCACUGCGUGCGUUGCCAGAGAAUAAUUUCGAAUGAAGGAGAUUGGAUCGAAGCCCUACAUUCGAUUUGGGCGUAG